CACUGGGAAUUAAACAACGAAGGACCACCGACAACAAUUUCUAUCUUGGAAUUGAUAUCCACGGGUGUGGGUAUUACAGUUUUAAGUGCUCUAGGGAUAAUCGGUAACGUUAUAUCGCUGCUUGUGUUAUCUCGGCCUCAGAUGCAAUCCUCAAUCAACUGCAGUCUUCAAGGCUUAGCUAUUUUUGACACAGGAGUUUUGUUAUGUGCGUUAAUAAUGUUAGGCUUAACAACGCUAGGGAAGUUAAUACAUUGGUUACGUUUCUACACCUGGGUUAUUUUCCCAUUCAUAGUACCAGUGGUUUAUCCUUUAGCCUUGAUUGCUCAAACUGGAUCAGUGUGGAUGACAGUUGUUGUUACUAUUGAACGAUAUGUGGCGGUUUGCCAUCCAUUCAAAGCUAAAUCGCUCUUUACAUAUAAGCGUUCGAGGUUUUACAAUAUUAUUAUAACUGUUAUUGCAGUGUGUUACAACAUACCUCGCUUUUGGGAAGUUCAAAGGAUAGAGAUAUGGGAUCCUCUCACAAAUUCAACAGUAUAUCAUAUUCAACCAUCAUCUUUCCGAGAAAACAAACUCUACUUUGAAAUUUAUUACAUUUGGAUGUAUCUCCUAAUGAUGUAUUUCCUUCCAUUACUUGCCCUUGCCGUCCUGAACACCUUCAUCUGGCAUACAGUGAAUCAAGCUAACAGAGAUCGGCAAAAACUCAGCUUUCGGCAGCGGAAGGAGAUCAGCUUGUCUAUAAUGUUGCUUUGUGUUGUAAUUGUAUUUCUCUUUUGUAACAUCACUGCAUUUUUAGUGAACAUUCUGGAAUACUUCGACGUGUACUGGGAGUCUUUGGCUCAUUGUUCCAAUCUCUUAGUGACACUUAACUCUUCUGUUAACUUCAUAAUAUAUUGCAUAUUUGGACACAAGUUCAAACAAACACUAUUUUCUAUAUUCUGCAAACAAAAACUACAGCGGAUUCAAACUUUCACGUCUGGGACAGAUCGUGGUAUUUGGAUAAGAUUUCAAUCCAACAGAUUUCGUCAGUCCCACCUUCAUGUUUCUCAUCCAGAAAGAAGAGAAGAAAGUGUACAGUUAUAAUAUAGGCUACGCCUAAAGUAAUCCUUUUUUUUAGUGUGUUUAUCAUAGAUAUCGCCAGUUGCACCUUCGUAAGGCUCGUCCCGAAAUCUGGAGAGAGUGUGUAGAAUUAUAAUAAACACAAGGCCUAAGGUAGUUAUAAUAAACAGAAGGCCUAAGGUAGUUAUAUUGUGUUGUUUAGAUUUUCAUCAUGUGUCACCAAUCACUCCGAUGAGGGCACUA